GGCAUGCACACUGGGUGAACACUCUGGCCCUCAACUCCGACGCGGUGCUGCGCCGGGGCCCCUUCGACAAUCGGGUGCAGCAGCAGGCUUUUACUUCCUUUGCGGAAAUGAAGGAAGCUGCGGAAAAGCACUUUAAUACCUUCAUUCAAGAGUGCGACCAGGAGGCCCUUCUGUCCGGCUCAGAUGACUCGACUCUUAUCCUCCGCAGGCUAAAGCCCAACGGAACUUUUGAGGAAGUGGGACGGAUGACGGGGCAUCAGAAGCUCAUCAACUGCGUGUGCUUCUCCCCCAACGGCCUUAUGAUCGCCUCUGGCUCUUUCGACAAGCUGUGGAACGGGACCACUGGCCAGUACAUGGCCACUUUGAGGGGCCACGUGGGGCCUGUCUACCAACUGGCCUGGGCAGCAGACAGCCGUUUGCUGCUGUCAGGAAGCGGGGACAGCACUUUGAAGGUGUGGGACGCGGAGCAGCAGCGACUCAAAGAAGACCUCCCCGGCCACGCCGACGAAGUCUACGCCAUCGACUGGGCCCCCAACGGAGGCGCUGCAGCUUCGGGGGGCAAAGACCGCAUGCUAAGAAUCUGGAGGCACUGA